GUUACUAUAUUUGCUCUGUGGUUACCAUAUUAGUUUGAUUUGUGAUAAUUCUUUUUGUUUCUUUUUGUAAAUUUUGCAUUAUUGAAAUUGAUAAUUAAAAUAUAUAAUUAUAUACUUAUGUUUUUACUUUCGUUAUUUCUAUUUUUAUCAAUUCGUCGUUUAACGUAUUUACUAUAGUGAUGCUUUUCCGUAGAUGGCGACAUAAAUUGUUUUUUAACGUUUCUCUUAGACUAUUUUUUGGAAUUAUCUGUAUCUAUAUUUAUUGUGAAUAUAUUAUUUAUUACGUUACUCAAAUACAAUGCGGCUGGCCAAUCUUGAAUAAACCGCCUAAUGAUGGAAUUCAGCCGGUAUAUGCCAUGGUCUUGGCUGACCCUCAUCUGCUUGGGUCUCGUAAUGGGCACUGGCUGGAUAAAUGGCGCCGAGAAUGGCAAAUGCAUAGAUCAUUUCAAACUGCUUUAACACUGCAUAGACCUGAGGUUGUGUUUGUUUUAGGUGACUUAUUUGAUGAGGGCAAAUGGUGUCCUGAGAGAGAGUUUGAUGAAUAUGUAGAAAGAUUCCAUAAAUUGUUUAAAGUACUAGAUGGAACAACAAUGUUUGCUGUUGUUGGAAAUCAUGACAUUGGCUUUCAUUACAGGAUAACCCCACAUUUGGCCAAGAGGUUUGAGAGCAAAUUGAAUGCACCACCUAUUCGCUUGGUGAGCAUCCGUAACAACCACUUUGUGCUGAUUAAUUCUAUGGCUAUGGAAGGUGAUGGUUGCAGCCUGUGCUCAAGGGCAGUCAAUGAAAUUGAUAGAAUUUCAGAUAUUCUAAAAUGUAGCAGUGGAUCGCCAUUAUGUAAAGGCAAAACUAAAUUGAAGAAAUACAGCAGGCCUAUUAUAAUGCAGCAUUACCCACUGUAUCGUGAGUCUGACAGCAUUUGCACAGAGCCUGAUGCAGCACCAUUACCAGAAAGAAACAACCUGUUUGAAGAACGCUGGGACUGCCUGUCUAAGGAGUCUACCGAAUAUCUAGUUGAGAGUUUAAACCCACGAGCGGCUUUUGGCGGUCACACGCACCACAGCUGUGUGGUGCGUCAUAGCUUUGUACCAACAUCUGAUCAUAAGAUAGAAUUCAUUGAGUAUACUGUACCUUCGUUUUCUUGGAGGAACAGACUGGACCCUAAAUACUAUUUGUUGACAGUAACUCCUGACGAGGUAAAAGUAUCAAAAUGUGGUAUGCCCCGUGAAUGGACGAUGCAGGUGACUGCAAUAUUAAUGGGUUUAGCGUUACUUGUUUAUUUGAGACAAUACAUAGUCGCGACUAACAGAAUUUAUAAUUAUAAACAAUUGUGAGUAUGUUUGUAAUUUUAUCUACAUGUAUCUACAUUGAAAACUUAUACUGUACUAAAUGUUUCUUUGAUAUUUAUUAUCUGUAAAAAGUUCCAUUGUAAAAAAUUUGGGAAUGCCUAUUGUUAUAUACAUAGAUACUUAUAUGUUCAAUCUAUAAUAUUUCGUGGAUACAGUUUGGAAAGAACGAAUAAUUUGUAAAUAGUUUAUGAUAAGCACCAUGUAAUAUUUAGAAACCUAAUUAAAAGUGGAAUAUUUUAAUAAGACAGAACUGAAUUCGAUGAGAUUAAAGAGUAAUUAUAAUAAUAUUAGGUUAUUACAGUAUAUUUGAUAUACAUUCCAAAGUUCAAUAAAAUUUAUUGUCACAUUACGUAAAUAGCAAACAAACACACAAGAGAUAGAAAGAUUUAUUUGACGAAACAAUCAAAUAUUUUAAUUCAUUGAUACCAAAUUUGCGCGCAUGUGUUGGAAUGUUCGCCCAAAGUAAGCAAUCGACUUGUAUUAUUUAUGGAUUAGUAAUGUACUACAAACAAUAGCUUCAAAAACCAUUAUCUAGAUAUUUUAAUCUAAUGAACCCAAUAUUAUUCCCGGAAUUUUCAUGCAAAUAAUAUAAUAAUUUUUAAAAAAAUAUUGUCAAAAUUGUAAAAAUAAUUAUGAGACCUGUCGAAUAUAUCUUAUUCUCAUUUUGUACUUAUAAUGUGUAAUACACAUAAAAAUAAAAUACAGCGAAUUCUGUACUUUAAUUUUUCUAUAGUCAUAAGAGAAUGUUCUGUACAACGGAGUAUGUAUGUAUGUAUGCAGUGGAACCCACAAUAAUAGAUUUAUGUCAAUCAUUUUUAUUUAUUAAAUGAUUUUACAAUAACAUAAAAUAAUGUUAUCAUGUUAAUUAAAAAAUUCGUUUAUGAAUUUUACAUUUUUACCGAAUACAAUAUUUAUUUGUCUUUUUUUUGUCCAUGUUUUACAUAUGUCCUUUAGUAUUUUUUGAAAACCCUACAAAAAUUCCUUCUUGGGCUCUUAGAUUAAAUUUAAUUAUUUUCUUUUUAUUUAGUACAAAUGCAUUUUUUCUAAAAAUAUUAAAUUAUUUUAUUAAAGGAACAUAUGUCCCCCAUUUUUCAAAAGGUGGUUUAUUGUUUAUAGUUAGAUGGAAUUUCAUUUAAAAUAUAAUUGGCUAUAUGAACAGCUUCAGCGCAAAAUGUUUUUGGUAAUUUAGAUUAACAUACAACAAACUUUUUCCAGUAAUUUUUUUUGUUCUUUCCCUCAGCUACAUGCUGGGGUGUGUAUGGUGCUGAAAAUGGUCUAGCUAACCUAUGUUAUUAAGGUCAUUUAUAAGUUUUGCCAGGAGCCUGAAAGAGUAUCUGUUAGGUACAGAAGCAUAUGUUUUUCCAUCAGGUUUUUCCUUUUAAUAAAAUAUUGCGUUAAGCUGUUUUCAUGGAUUGGAAUAAUUCUAUGUCGAAUGGUUAUUUAAGAUGUGUAUUGUUUGAAGACAAAACAAAAAACGAAGAAAAUUUGAUUAUGACAGAUUUUUAUGACAUUAUAAUUUUUUAUGACAUCUAAAAAAAGAACAUUGAAUCUGUAUUGAUUGAAGAUUUUGAAUCAUUCGUAGCCCGCUCGAAAUCCUUUUGUUUCGUAUUUAAUUUUUUUUUCUGUGCUGGAUCAUCGGUUAAGUUUAUGUUUUUGUUUUUUGUUAAUUACACCUGCCAAAAAACUUUCAUUAUAUGAAGUACCUAAUGAGUAAUGGUAAGUGUUGCAACUAUUGCUCUACUAUUUUUUAUGUUCUGACAAUAUAUUUUUGUAUCUGCCUCUUAUACCUUUUCAGAAAAUCUAUUAAUCCGGAAUUGGCGGAAUAUUUUUAAUCCUACCCUGCCUAAUUGAUCAAGAUAAUAUUUACAUAAAAAGAAAUUUUCAAUCAAAAUUAUAUAAUGUGUACUACUAUGUAAUAAUAAUAUCCAAACAUGUCUUUUUAACUUU